CCUUCCCGGUUAUUCCCAACUUUAUAUCCUCCUAAAAUACCCGAAUGGGAAAAGUCUUUUAACACUCUGCACGAAAAUCAAACUCUUAAAAAAUCCACAGAGAAGAAGAUCAAAAUCAGAAGUCGUCUCAAAUCUCUCAUCAAUUAGUCAAUCUCGAUUCGAAAUCAUCAACAACUGAUAGUUAAACAAACUUUUUCGGGCAAUCUUUCAAUAUGAGUUUCCUUUUUGGGAAAAGAAAGACUCCUGCAGAGCUUCUGCGGGAGAAUAAGAGGAUGUUGGAUAAAUCUAUUAGAGAAAUUGAGAGGGAGAGACAAGGGUUACAGGCGCAAGAGAAGAAACUUAUUGUGGAGAUUAAGAAAAGCGCUAAGCAAGGGCAGAUGGGAGCUGUGAAAGUUAUGGCGAAAGAUCUAAUCAGAACAAGACAUCAAGUCGAAAAGUUCUAUAAACUCAAAUCACAGCUUCAAGGGGUAUCUCUCAGAAUUCAGACAUUGAAAUCAACCCAAGCAAUGGGAGAGGCCAUGAAAGGUGUAACCAAGGCAAUGGGACAGAUGAAUAGGCAGAUGAAUUUGCCAUCAUUGCAGAAGAUAAUGAUGGAGUUUGAGAGGCAAAAUGAGAAGAUGGAAAUGACAAGUGAGGUAAUGGCUGAUGCUAUUGAUGAUGCUUUGGAGGGAGAUGAGGAAGAGCAGGAAACUGAGGACCUUGUGAACCAGGUCCUCGAUGAGAUUGGAAUUGACAUCAAUUCAGAGCUCAUGAAUGCGCCUGCAACAGCAGUAGCUGCACCAGCCGCAACUAACAAAGUAGCUCAAGCUGAACAACCUGCAGCAGCAGGAGGUAAUGACGAUGGUGGUAUAGAUAACGAUCUUCAAGCAAGGUUGGACAACCUAAGGAGAAUGUAAUUUUAAUUUUCUCUCGUGUAAGUAUGUUUAUGCGCAAUCAAACACCUGACUUCGAAAGAAAUAUAUGAUAUGAUAUAUUGUGUAAUUUGAGAUUAUUUUCGGUUAAUAAAUCUAGUAUUUGAAAGAAUCGAAUCCAA